UUAGUGGGAAAUCCAUCCUCGGGACAGAGACCGACACGGCGACACUAUUUUACGCCCACACUGGCACACUGUUUCGGCACAUUCUAAAAUACCCAAAACACAAGAAUCAGGGUUCUUGCUUCUUUUGAUCAUAAAUCUUUCCAAUGGCCAGACAAGCGUGGUUGGUUGAUCCUAAUAGGCUUGCAACAAAGAUUCUUAGUGCAUCAAGCGAUCCAAAAAGAACCAACUGGAAGAGUAAUCCCACAAAAGCUUGUCCUAAUUGCCAGUAUAGAAUUGACAACAGUGAUGUAACUCAUGAAUGGCCAGGAUUACCAAGAGGGGUGAAGUUUGAUCCAUCUGAUCAAGAGAUUGUCUGGCACUUAAUUGCGAAAAUUGGAGCCGAAGAUUUGCAACCUCAUCCUUUUAUUGAUGAGUUCAUUCCAACAGUUGACGAAGAUGAAGGAAUCUGCUAUACACAUCCUCAAAAUUUACCUGGUAUUAAGAUGGAUGGAAGUUGUUCACACUUCUUUCACCGAGCAAUAAAAGCCUACAAUACAGGAACCCGAAAGCGCCGAAAGAUACAUGGUGAUAAUUUUGGAGAUGUUCGUUGGCACAAGACUGGUCGCACAAAACCCGUUCUCUUGGAUGGUGUACAAAAAGGUUGUAAGAAGAUAAUGGUUCUAUAUGUCACCCCAGCCAAGGGUGAUAAACCGGAGAAAACGAAUUGGGUUAUGCAUCAGUAUCACCUUGGAACAAGCGAAGAUGAAAGAGAUGGAGAAUAUGUCAUCUCCAAGGUGUAUUAUCAGCAGCAGCAGCAGGUUAAGCAUAAUGAGAAAAGUGAAUGUCAAUCCCCGAAGGGCCAUGAAUGUUUGACUGUCAAGGUAGAUCCCGUAACUCCCAAAUCCGUGACUCCAGAACCCCCACUUACAGAAAGAAGAUUUUCAAGCUCAGAUGCAGUAUCCUCGACCCCGGCAGCUUACAGUAGCUCCAAUAUUCAGCAUCAGGAGGUGAACUACAUUGAAGACCACAUGGAAACUCCAUUUCAGAAGUCUGGUAAUCAUGACCUAAUCACUGAGAAUCAAAUUGAUGAAAUGGAGGUGAAAAAUGAAAAUGAAAAUGAAGCUGGUGAUGACCCGAAAUGGUAUGAAAUUGGAUCGCAGAACAUAAUGGAUUCGCAGCAGCUUGCGGAAUAUAUAUCAUUGUGUGAUGAAUUUAUCUUGAGCCAAUCUCCAAAUAGGGAGGAUCAGCAAAACCAUAAAGAAAAGAAGUGCAAGGCCCGUCUUUCUGAUCAUUAUGCAUGCCUGGGAGCGGAGGUUUUGAAAAAAGAUUUAGAAGAGUGCCAAGAUUAUGAGCUUGAUCAAGCCAACAUUAUACUAGACACUCCACCUGACUUUCGGCUUAGCCAACUUGACUUUCCAUCACAGGACAGUUUCGUUGCUUUCGGUGGGCACAAGAUUGGUUCUGAAGAGCAAGGAGAUUAACAUCAUCAUUUGACAGAUUUUGCUCCAAAGUGGACUGCUAACUCCCCCAAUAUCGCUAUUUCUUUUUGAGGCAUGCUUAGGUGAACUAUGCCUAAAUGCCAGUGAAUGGUAUUAAUAUUUCAUGCAGUAUCUAGCUUUUUAACCGUAUGCCAUAAGGGUCGGUCUUUUCCAUUUUUGAAGCCAGAUUAACUGCACGUUCAAUGCUACUUAUUUCCUAUGAGUGGUGGUGAGCUUGGUGUUGUAUCAUGUUUUGUCACAAAUUAUAUAUAUUGUAUAUAUGCUAAACACCUGAUGUCUGUUGGCGUAUUAACUAUUUUCCUCAUGGCCAAAAGUCGGCUUAUACACUGAGGCUUACCCUACACCUAUUUGGCAGUUACUGAUUGAUCUUUUAUUUCCAGUUACUUGGAGGCUAACCAUUGUUCUUAUUAUAGUUGUGUCUAAGAGGAUAAGCUUAUUGUGGAAGUCCUUCCAUUUUUGGUUUGGAAUUUUCUCAAUGAAAAAUGUUUGUUCUUGAAAAGCUUAAA